ACGUGUUAUUCCGGUGGCAGAGCGGUGGAUGAGCCUACACCUGGCGAGAUGGAGCUCGAGGCCAUGAGCAGAUACACCAGCCCAGUGAACCCUGCCGUCUUCCCCCAUCUGACCGUGGUGCUAUUGGCAAUUGGCAUGUUCUUUACCGCCUGGUUCUUCGUUUAUGAGGUCACCUCCACCAAGUACACUCGGGAUAUCUGCAAAGAGCUCCUCAUCUCCUUGGUGGCCUCACUCUUCAUGGGUUUUGGAGUCCUCUUCCUGCUGCUCUGGGUUGGCAUCUACGUAUGAGCUCCCAAGGGUUCCAACAAGGUGGCUUCACUGAA